AUGACAGCUGUUUACUUAUGCAAUGUCGGUAGGUCCCCCAGAGAGAUGCCUCGGUGGCGAGGGUUUGCUGCUGGCCUUGACGACAAUGCUUUUCAUGCGCCUGGCCUAAUCCCGCGGCGCCAGCACCGACGCGGCGAAGGCCUCAACAGUGGGAAAUUUCUUUUGUCAGAACUGCGCAUCGCGCCAGGCAAGCCGUUUUAUGCCGCUAUAGAUCCUCGCAAUAUCAGUUUCGGAACGCUAAGUAUCACCGCCGAUAUGAUGUCUUUGCAUCUGCGGCCAGAUUACAGCAAGACUACUCUUCACGGACUGGAAUACUGCACAUUCCCCAAAAACAAACUUGAUCCUCCAUCUUGGGUACUAGAGUGGCGGAAAGUUGUCCUGAAUGGGGUCGAGAUCAAUCCAAUGAGCCAUCGAGACCUUUUCAGAAGUUCAGGAAACAGAUCCCAACCGGAAAAAAGUGGUGUCUGUGAUUUGAGUGAUAGAGUCUUGCGUCGACGUGGAUGCCUCGUUGAUACGGUAACAUCCGUGUUCCAGAUCGGAGUUUUUGAAGGACGCAAACAAACACUCAGUGACGCCUUCAUCUCUGAAAAGUUCAGAUCAUGGGCUUUGAAAUCUAUCAUGGACUUUUCAACGCCGUUUCUGAAACCGCCUGCUGCAGAGAUCAGACUUUGGCGCACAAUGGUCAGCGAUUAG